AUGCGCGACCCGGAAACUGGCCUGCGCACCUUUCUCAUCGGCCACGAAGCCCUCAUCUCCUCAGCCCGCUCCACGGCCCGCCCAGCCUACGACUCCGCCAUACCCAACAACCCUGCUCUGAUGGAGCGCCUGCUGGACGGCUCGCUUGCAGCCUUGGGGCUCGCCGAUGAGGAACGCAUCAACCAUCGCUUCGUCCUGACAGAGGCCCCGUGCCAGCCCAAUUCGGCCCGCGCCUUGCUCAUGGAGCUCUUGUUCGAGGCGUAUGAGGCCCCGGGCAUCUGCUUUGGCAUUGACGCCCUGUUUAGCUAUUUCUAUAACAGGCCCGGUGAGGGCGCAACGCCGAAGGAGACUAUGCGCUUUGCGAGGGAGGACGCCGUGGUGGUAUCAUGCGGGUAUAACGCGACCCAUGUGCUCCCGGUCGUAGGAGGGAGGAUCAAACCCAACUUGGUCAAGAGGGUCAACGUGGGGGGUGCAACAAUGACGGAUCAACUCACCAGACGACUGCAGCUGUUGCACCCGGAGCAUUCAAGCAUGCUUAGUACUGGAAGGGUCGAGCUCCUCAAGGAGAAGAUGUGUUAUGUGUCGGAGGAGUAUGAUGCCGAGUUGAAGAAAAUUAGAGAGGAGCCAGAUUACUUUGACGAAGUAUCGAAGACAGUCAAGGUGCCAACUGGGGAGGCGAGUGAGAAGCCGGCGAUGAGCGCGGAGGAGCAGGCGAGAUCAAGGCAGGCGAGAAUUGAUAAUGGGAGGAGGUUGAAUAAGUUAAUGCAGGAGAAAAGGAAGUCAAGAGCAGGUGCAAGGGAUAAGGAUGUGUCGGGUACAGAGGCAGAGCCGGAGGAUACAUCGUAUACGCCGGAGGAGGUUGAGGCUUUGUACGAUUCAAUGAAAAAGCUAUACGAUGUCAAGCGUAUUGAAGAUAUGAGGGAUAUAGAUGAGGACAAGUACUACAUUGCCAUGUGCGUCGGACAGUGGGAGUCGUCGACAGCGCUGAACGAAGAGAUCGACAAGCGACAGCUGCUCGUGGAUGAGGAACGUGCAAAAUUGAGUGCAGGAAAGACAAGGGCAGCGGAGGCGGCGUGGUGGAAGCGCGUACGGGAAGACGAGCUUCUGUCGAUGUCAGACUCAGAGCUGAGCGCGCCGGAACUCAAACGAAAGCGGCACGUGCGAGCGCUGCGCGGGGCUGCGGAAGCACGACUACGGGCGAAAAGGGCAAAGCUCGCGGCGAAGGCGGAAGCGGAGAGGAAGGCUGAGGAAAUAGAGAAGAUGCGCACGGAGAGGCCACAAGAGUAUCUGACCAAACUGCGAACGGAGCGAGAUGAGCUAGCUGAGCGUUUAAAGCGAAGGGACGCGGCGCGAGAAGCGGGAUCGGAUAGGCGGUCGCAGGCUGCAAGGGAACGAAUGAGGUUGUUGGCACAACAUGCAGGAAGCAAGGCGGGUUUCGACGACGACCCCGGGCGAGGGAACUCAAAGGGGCGCGGGAGAGGAAGGGGGAAGGGAAGAGGGAGGGGCAGGGGGAGGGGACGAGGUAGAGGGCGUGGGAAGAAGAAAGUGGAGGAGGACACGUUUGGGAUGGACGAUGCGGACUGGGAUGUAUACAGAUCGAUGAAGGUUGGAAACGAUGGGACGGAUUCUGACGACAACUCUGGAGAAGAGCGUGCUCGUUUGAAAGCUGUGCGUGUGGAGAUUAUGGACAUGGCACCUGACGAUGUAGACCCGACGAUGACGAUCCCGGUGGGUUCCGCACUGCUCUACGAGGAAAAUAAGUACGCAGACGAGUUUCCCGUGACAGUCGAUCGGAUACGUACGCCGGAGCUGAUUUUUCAACCAACGUUAGCCGGAGUGGAACAGUGUGGAAUUGUGGAAGCGCUGCAGAUGAGCACGUCGAGCAAGUCGUCAAUCGUGCGCGAGGUAUUCCUAACUGGAGGAGUAGCGAACACGAGCGGGUUGAAGCGACGCAUCUGCGCCGAGCUGCGGAAGGCGUUCCCCAUUGACUGGGGCGACAGCAUUGUGAGUGGGGUGCGCACUGCGAAGGACCCCGUGCUGGACGCAUGGCGCGGGGCCGCGAAAUUCGCGGAAACCGGAGGCAGAGUGUUCAAAGAUGCUUGCAUCACCAAGGCGGAGUAUGAAGAAAUGGGUAACGGGUACAUCAAGGAGCACGCAUUCGGAAAUGUGUUCUACCCAACGCCGAUCCUGUCGGCGGCGGAUCUGGAGCUCAAGAAAAAACUGCAGAAACAGGCGAGCAAGCGGGGACGGCCGCGGUCGUUAGUGUUAGGCUAGCUAAAAGUGCCAAGAUGUACUAGUCUUGUCUCAGGUAUCCAAGUUGGGUGCCCGUAUUGGGUCAUGCCGGGGAGGCAUCAGAUGUGAUUCCGUAACAGUGAAUUCACAGCUUACCGGAUACAUUACUGUAUGGCUUUAUGAUGGCGCCACCGUAUUGGUUUUGUACGCAGUGCGCACACUCGGCGGCAAUUCGUCCAAAAAUUUUCCACAGUCUCC